AUUCUACUAAACCCUCUACUGACCAACAGCCACAACCCUCUCUCCGAGGAAGAGGCUACGACCAACGCCCCAGCCCAGCCAGCCGCCAGAGACCCAGCUAAGCUCACGGCACCCAUCUCCCUCUCCUCCAUCCUCUCCCCAUCAUCACCUCCGUGACACAAACCCCCCAAACCCUCCCUCGCACAAACGCACACGCCGCACGCCCCAAAAAUCCCCGUACAACACCGCCACAAAACACCCCCAAACUCCCACGAACCAGCCCGCCAUCCCCUCCCCUUGUCUCCCGCGCCGCAAUGCUCACCCUUCCACGCAGCUUAGCCCGGCUCGGCGCCCGCCCCCUCGCCCGUGCACCUACUGCUGUGCGACCUCCCCCCCGCGCCUUCAGCGCUGCGGCGCCCAGGAACAACCACGGGGGCCUGUCUAAAGGCGCGUUUGCUGCUGCCACUUCCCGCACUCCCCGCACCCCAACCGUCCUCCCCGAGUUCUCCCUCGCAGGCAAGAUCGUCAUCGUCUCCGGUGCCGGCCGCGGCCUGGGCCUCGUGCAAGCCGAAGCCCUCCUCGAAGCCGGCGCCACCGUCUACGCCCUCGACCGCCUUCCGGACCCCAGCCCCGAGUUCGCGCGCGUGCAGGAGAAGGCGCGCGCGCUGGGGACGCGGCUCGAGUACGCGCGCGUGGAUGUGAGGGAGGUGGAUGUGCUGAGGGGGGUCGUGGAUGGGAUUGCGGAGAGGGAGGGGGGGAUUGAUGGACUGAUUGCGGCUGCAGGGAUUCAGCAGGAGACGCCAGCUAUUGAGUAUAAGGCGGAGGAUGCGAAUCGUAUGUUCGAGAUUAAUGUCACGGGGGUGUUCAUGACGGCGCAGGCGGUAGCUAGGCAUAUGAUUGCCUCAGGGAGAGGCGGAUCGAUUGUAUUGAUCGGUAGUAUGAGCGGGACCGUUGCUAACAGGGGCCUCAUCUGCCCCGCCUACAACGCCUCCAAAGCCGCCGUCCUGCAACUCGCCCGCAACCUAGCCUCCGAAUGGGGCACGCACCACAUCCGCGUCAACAGCCUCUCGCCCGGCUAUAUCGUCACGCAGAUGGUCACCGAGCUAUUCGAGCGCUUCCCCGAGCGGGAGACUGAUUGGCCGGCUCAGAAUAUGUUGGGGAGAUUGAGUAGCCCGGAGGAGUAUAGGGGGGCGGCGGUGUUUUUGAUUAGUGAUGCUAGUUCGUUUAUGACGGGGGCGGAUGUGAGGAUGGAUGGGGGCCAUGCUGCUUGGUAGGCUGUUGAGCCGAACUGCAGAGUUCAGCUGGGCAGAUUGUGAAAGGACGGACG